AUUCCCGACGUUUGGGGGAGAGUGCUUUUAAUACACGCCCCACUCUCUCUUCUCUCUCAUUUCCUCGGUUUCUCCAUCUUCUCCUCCUUCUUCCUCUUCGCAUAUUCCCCUCUCUCUCUCUCCUCUCUUUCUCUCUCUAGCUUCUGCGAAGGUCUCAUCUUUCGCUUUCAAUUCUCAAAGCCGGAGAAACGUUCUGCAGAUUUAAUCUUCUCGUGAUUUAUCCGAUCUCGCUCGAAGCCAUGAAUCCCGAAUACGACUAUCUUUUUAAGCUUUUGCUCAUUGGAGAUUCUGGUGUCGGAAAAUCCUGUUUACUUCUGAGGUUUGCUGAUGAUUCGUACCUGGAUAGCUACAUCAGCACCAUUGGGGUUGACUUUAAAAUCCGUACUGUGGAACAAGAUGGGAAGACUAUUAAACUUCAAAUUUGGGACACUGCUGGUCAAGAACGUUUUAGGACAAUUACCAGCAGCUACUACCGUGGUGCACAUGGUAUUAUUGUUGUGUAUGAUGUCACAGACCAAGAGAGUUUCAACAAUGUUAAGCAAUGGUUGAAUGAAAUUGACCGUUAUGCAAGUGAAAACGUGAACAAGCUUUUAGUUGGAAACAAGUGUGAUCUCACGGCAAACAAAGUAGUAUCCUAUGAGACAGCCAAGGCUUUUGCAGAUGAAAUUGGAAUCCCCUUCAUGGAAACAAGUGCCAAGGAUGCCACUAACGUAGAGCAAGCUUUCAUGGCCAUGGCUGCUGAAAUAAAAAAUAGGAUGGCCAGCCAACCAAUGAAUAAUGCCCGGCCUCCAACGGUGCAGAUCCGAGGACAGCCUGUGAACCAGAAGUCUGGUUGCUGCUCUUCUUAGAAGGGGAAAGAAAAAAGUACUGGUGGAGAUGAUAUGUUAAACCGUAUUUUCUGUGGCAUGUAAAACUAGUUCUCUAUCUUAAUGCUUUGAUAUAAAAAGAUAAUUGUCCUUCAUGAUUUGUCUUUCUUGUCAGCACUUUGUUAAAGCCUUCCAUUCUUUUCAAUGUAUUUCAUUCUGAAAAACAUUUGUACAAAUUAGGAAUAUUGGUGGGUA